AUGGAUCAGUCCAUGAACCCCGCAAUGGACCUGAAAGGGCUUCCGUCUGCAAUUAAUCUGUCAGAGAAGCGUGCUGCGCUUGCUGGUCCCACCGGUUUGAAGGGCCUGAUCAGCAAUAAGAAGACAUUCCUUAUUGGAUUAUUUGCUUCUCUGGGUGGUCUUGUAUAUGGAUACAAUCAGGGAAUGUUCGCACAAGUUUUGACCAUGACUUCUUUUAUUAAGAAAACGCAAGGCUAUGCUGCCACCACCGGUACCGGACAGGGUCUUCUGACUUCGAUUCUUGAAUUGGGCGCCUGGGUCGGUACUUUGCUCAACGGUUACCUUGCAGAUGCAGCUGGUCGUCGAGCUACCGUAUGUAUUGCUGUCGCAGCAUUCACCGUCGGUGUUAUCGUACAGGCCUGCGUUGAGAACAAGAACUACAUCUUCGGUGGUCGUUUUGUGACUGGUCUGGGUAUCGGUAGCUUGAGUAUGGUUGUGCCGCUUUACAAUGCUGAGCUUGCCCCACCCGAGAUUCGUGGUUCGCUUGUCGCCAUCCAGCAGUUAUCAAUUACUUUCGGAAUCAUGGUCAGCUUCUGGCUCGGCUACGGUACUAACUUCAUUGGUGGCACCGGCGACGGCCAAUCCAUCGCCGCAUACCUGAUCCCAAUUUGCAUUCAAUUACUCCCUGGCUUUGUUCUGGCAGCUGGUAUGCUUCUGUUCAUGCCCCAGUCUCCUCGUCACCUGAUGAACACCGGCCGAGAAGAGGAAUGUCUGACCACAUUGGCUCGUCUCCGCGGGAAGUCUCAGGAUGACAUUGGUGUACGAGUGGAAUUUUUGGAAAUCAAGGCUCUCUAUCUGUUUGAGAGAGAGACUUCUAUCCGGAAGUACCCUCAAUACCAAGAUGGAUCCGUAAAGAGCAAUUUCAUGAUCGCCAUGAAUGACUAUAAGUCUCUGAUUACAAAUAAGUCUCUGUUCAAGCGACUGUCAGUUGCUUGCCUGAUCAUGUUGUUCCAACAAUGGAAUGGAAUCAACGCCAUCAACUACUAUGCACCAUUUAUCUUCGAGGAUAUGGGAUUCGUAGGUAACUCUGAGAAUCUGUUGGCCACUGGAGUAGUCGGCGUUGUGGAGUUCCUGGCGACAAUCCCAGCUGUACUUUUGGUCGACAAGAUUGGUCGUAAGAAGCUUCUGAUCGCCGGUGCCAUUGGAAUGGCGGUAUGCCAUUUCAUCGUCGCCGGUAUCAUUGCCACCUACGAGGGCAAAUGGGACAGCCACCGCUCAGCUGGUUGGGCCGCGGUCGUUUUUGUCUGGAUCUACGUUAUUAACUUUGCUUACUCCUGGGGUCCUUGUGCCUGGAUUGUUGUCUCUGAGGUUUUCCCUCUUAGCAUGCGUGCGAAGGGUGUCUCUGUCGGUGGAAGUUCCAACUGGCUGAACAACUUUGCUGUCGCUAUUUCGACGUCUCCAUUUAUUUCCAAGACGACCUAUGGUGCCUUCAUUUUCUUCGGUAUCAUCACCACAAUUGGUGGUGUUUAUGUUUACCUACUUGUUCCAGAGACCCGAGGCCGUACACUCGAGGAGAUGGACGAACUUUUCGGAACAACUGCAUUUGCAGCUGAAGACCAGACAUUGAGAGUGCGUAUUGAGCAGGAAAUUGGACUGCUUGCUCUUCUUGGUGAAGAGGAUGUUCAAAACGAGACAGUUAGUAAGACUGAACACGAGCAUGUCACUGAGGCCGAACCUGUUGCUGUCGAGGCCGGUUAUGGGUCUGUUGAAAAGGUUGAAUCUUGA